AUGUCAGAUGGCGGAAAGCGCUCGUCGUCUUACUUCCACUUCUUCGCUGGAUUAAACUCAGGUGUUCUAUCUGCAGUCCUUCUCCAACCCGCCGACCUCCUCAAGACCCGCGUCCAACAAUCGCGCUCGAGCACACUUUAUGGAACCAUCCAGUCGAUAGCCAGCGGACCGAACCCGAUACGUCAAUUCUGGAGGGGUACACUACCGAGCACUUUACGCACGGGGUUCGGAUCUGCCAUAUACUUUUCGAGUCUCAAUGCAUUGCGACAUAGGGCGAGUCUGGUCGCAGCGGGGAGCGGCGACGCGGCAGCGAGGGGAGCGGAGCACUCAAGCUCUCUGCCAAAACUGAGCAAUACCGCAAACCUGGCAACUGGUGCCUUCGCGCGGACAUGGGCAGGCUUCAUCAUGAUGCCGAUUACCGUUUUGAAAGUGCGGUACGAGAGUAAUCUGUACUCGUACAAUUCGCUCUUUACAGCAUCAAGAGACAUCUUCCGAACGGAGGGACUCAAGGGCUUCUUUGCUGGUUUCGGCGCAACAGCCGUCCGCGAUGCACCAUACGCGGGGCUUUACGUUCUAUUCUACGAGCAGUCGAAGAGGAAGCUUUCCAGUCUUGCAACCAAGAUUGAGGAAACUUCCGGCACAUCCACCAAGCUUUCUUCCAGUACAUCCGCGGGUAUCAAUUUUGUUUCUGGUGUUGCAGCCGCAGGGCUGGGAACGACUGUCACGAAUCCCUUCGAUGCCAUCAAGACGCGGAUACAGCUAAUGCCUGACCGCUACGUGAAUAUGGUACAAGCAAGCAAGAAGAUGCUUGUGGAGGAGGGUCUACGGAGCUUGUUCGAUGGACUUGGUAUCAGGAUUGCGAGGAAGGCAAUGAGCAGUGCGCUUGCCUGGACUGUGUACGAAGAACUGAUUCGACGAGCGGAGAGCUUGAAAGAAGUCGUCGAGGAAAAAAUCUGA